AUGCAGCUCAAAACGGCGUUUUUGUCCUUUGCACUCUCUCUACUUGCCGUUCCAUCUACAUUGGCAAGUCAAUGCUCCUGCAGAGACGAUAUCACCACCAAGGUCUACCAUCAGCAUAUUCUGAACAAUUAUCUUGCCGUUUGGGGUGGAAAAUUUUCGCUCAUUAAUACGACCUUCCAUCCGGACAUGGUCGUCUUCUCUGACCGCUUUCCUUCCUCUACUGGAAAUGGAAGUACUUUGACUCGUGUGACAAACCGAGAUGAAUUUACUGCCUUUGUCAAGAAGUCUCGGAAUGGGUGGAAGGAGUAUUCAUUUACUCCUAUUCAAUUUGUAGCAAAUGAUGACGCAAUGGCCGUUCGAUGGAAAAUGAAUGGGAUCCUGGGUGCCAACUUCACGCUCUUCCCCACACCAUUGAAGGCAGGUGCAGCUGUUACUUACAAUGGUACCGACUUUUUGGUUUUGGACGAUUGCACAGGCCAGAUCCGAGAAGCCUACAUUGCUCAGGAUCUGAUUUCAUACUUUCAUGCCAUGGGACUUACUGAAAUUACUGUCUAG